AUUGGCACAAGGUUUAUUGUUGUUUCUAAAUAUUAUAAUACAAUUAAUUCUAAGCGUCAAUUACAGAAGAUUAAAUUAAUCCGGACGUUUCAUUUACUAUAUGCUAAUUGUUGAAUUGGUAUUGUUACGAAAUUAUGGAAGAUGGAAUAAAGAAAAUGGAGGCUAGCAAAAGAAAAAGUACUUUUCGGGAAGCAUUGAACACGAUAACACCCGAAAAACUAGCAGAAAAUCCAGAAAACUUGAAAGUACUUCUAGGAUCCAUAUUGCAAACCAUGGGAUUGUAUAAUAAACCAAUCGACGAAGACUUGAAUAGAGUGGUGUAUAGAUACAGCUUAGGUGGGACACUGCCAACACUGUAUAAACCUGUUUAUAAUGGAAAAAGUAUCCAAAAUUCCAACACAUUAAACGUUGCAGAGAAUAAAUCGAAAAAGGUAAUUGAUAAAACUAAAGUUUGCCGCUCACUGUGCAAAUGGUUUCGCAAGAUUCAAUCUAAAGAUCAAGAUAAAAGUCGCCAUUCUUCAAAGGAUUCGAAGAUUCAAGAAGCCAACUUCAUUAGACUACAACAAUUGGCAGACAAUGUUGAGAGUACCGCGAUCGUGUUCAACAAAAGAAUAGAUCACAUUGAAAAAGAAUUAAUUUCAAUAACAGAAUACAUCACAGAUGUAUGAAAACUUAUCAUAUUUUGAAUGUAUGUUUUAAACUCAGUUUUGGUUUCAAAAUUUAAAGAUAAUACUAUAAACUGUUCCCUUACAAUUUAUAGUAUUUUACAUAACUAACGAAUCUACCCAAAUUUACAUUAAAAAAAAACACCUUUCGAAGUUUAAAAAAUUUGCUUAAAAUUUUAAAAUUAUAUGUAAAAUAAAUGAUAUAAAACUUAAAAUAUAAGUUUCAUUCAUGUUUACACUCUUAUUGAUCAACCGUGUAAUGUUGCAAAAGCGGAUCAUAUUUCCUCUGCUGAUCUAGUGAGAAAGAAAGUUAUUAGGAAAACGAUGAAAUUAUUCAUAGUCAUAUCUUUUAGUCAUGACUAUCGUGGGUUUCAGUCUAACCCAUAGAGGUCAGACCCAUUCAUAAUGGACAUAAUUACAGAAUCGGGUCAAUAUUUUGCUCGGUCUAGUGCAAAAUAUAAAUAUGGAGUUCUUUGAAGACACUGGAGGCCGAGAAUUAAUCAAAAGUAGGCAGCGGUAAAUUAACGCACGAACAUAUCUGAAACCUUAGAGGCUUCGUGUCGCUCCACAUUAUUACUAUAUAUGUAUCCGUGUAAUAUCUAUAAGAAGUCGGGUCAGGACCCUUAAAUGUAUUUGAAACGGCUUGAAAGCUUCUUUUUGGAUCAAGACCAUUCCGAUUGGUCGUUCCUACUCAUCUACGCUUUCUAAUUGGGGUCCCCUCGUCACUAAGUGUAACGAGAUCGAAUCCCAUAUCGCGGGAUCAAUCAACAUCGUCUGUCAAUUCGAUCCCAAUCGAUGAU